GUAGACUGGGCGGUUGGCCAGUAAGUUCUUCUAACUCUGUUAUGUAAGCGAUCCCUUGCCUUAAUACUAAAAUAGAUUCCAGCCUAAGAAUUAAGAGCUGAAGUACGAACGGCACAUUCCAUCUUGCUGAUAAUACCUAUGUGAAGUCAGAAGUCUAUAGCGUCUGAUACAUGAAUACCAAAGCGCAUUGCCUUCGCGUCGAAGAUUCUUUCUACUACAAAUGGCAUAUCAUAACGCACCACAGAUCGUGCCUACCGAUAAUCCUCCUCAAGUGUCGUUCAGCGAUGCCCCUGAGGUUGCGCAGCCUGAGAAAGAAGUCAAGAUUGGAGAUUAUCAAUACUAUCAAGGGGUAGAGGCUGACCCUGAGAAGCCAAGUAUCUGUGGCUUGAGGAGAUUGACUUUCUUUCUCGCGAUAUUAGUUGCUUUGUUGGUCGUAGGUGGUGCGGUAGGUGGAGGGGUUGGUGGAUCCAUGGCAGCAAAGUCGCGCAAGGACUCAACCUUGCAGAGUCUUUCAAGUACAGCGGGGUACGUACCGGAAUAUGUCCUAUUCUCCUCCAAGGUGUCAAUUACGUCGAUCAUUCUAAUUGAGACUAGCACCAUGCAUCUCUCAACUGGAACGACCCAACCCUCAGCAACCACAACCGUAAUCAUCCCCGUCGCUACCGACAAGGCCGGCUGCCCCCUAGUUAAUAACACAGUUUUCACCGCGCCGUCUGGCUCGCGGUUCCAGAAAAUCUGCUACGAUGACAUCCUAUCGAUCAACAUCGACUUUCAGAUGCACGUCGUAACGUCGUUUGAUUCGUGCAUCGGGCUGUGCGAUUCCGCGAAUGUAGAGAACGGUACGCCGAUUUGCAAGAGUGUGGUGUGGGAUUUGGGUGGGAGUGAUAAUCAGGAUUGCUGGUUAAAAAAUGCGUCGGCGGUUUUGACGCCGAACUCGCAGACGGGGAAUGUUAAUGGGACGGCAGCGGCGAUUUUGUUGUAGCCUUUUAGGGAGUGAAUUGAUUGCUUGUAAACGCAAGAUUUGACAAAGGUUGAGCUGUGACAACACGAGAAAAGUGUGACGGCGCUGGCUGGGGGCCAAAGGGGGGUGGCUAUCACAUGACUGGUUUCACCUAGCUAGCCGGCGUUUCAGUGGUUUUAGCUAGUAUUUCCC